AUGAAAACGAUUACUCUUGCACGCAGAGCUGAUUCAUCGUCUACCAGUACCAGCUCCAGUUCAGAGAGCGCAAGCAAAUCUUCAUCUUCGACAAAGGCAACCACCAGCAAAUGCGCUAGUGGUUCAUCAUGCCAAAAAUCGGAAUCUGCAGACAAUUCUACCGGUGUUGUGGUAGCUGUAGUUGUACCCGUUGUGGUUGCGAUAUUGGCCUUGGCUUUUGUCCUAUGGAAGGUAUGGCGAAGAGGAAAGAAAGAGGCGCUUGAGGACAAUGAUCCCGACUUCGAAGGAGAUGACGAGUUCUUACCCAAUUUUGGACCCCAAUAUGAGCUCAGAGAGAACGGGGUACGCGGAAUGGGGUCUGCCAGUAACUUUGACGACCUCGAAUCUAGAACUCCGCAAAACCCGUUCGCGUCCAACUAUAUGGGUGGAAAUGCGAGCAUUAACACCGGUCUACCACUUGAUCCAUUUCAAUUACCUCAGGGUAAUGAUACUAACGAUUUGAGAGCAUUUGCCCGAAAUAUUCAAAGUGCUGAAUUUGAUGGGUAUAGGUUAGCGUCCCGCAAUGCUAGCGAACAUUCGCUGUCCUAUCCGGAGAGUCGUUUCAGUCGUCCACAGGCUUUAAACAGUCAAGGUAGAUUAGCAUCCUUCACUAGCAGUAACAGUCAAUCGAUGGGUAGUUCUCCCGUGGAUUACAACCAAGGUAAGGAGCAAGGUUUGUACAAUGAGAAAAACUCUAAAACAGAUCAAAAAUCUUAUUCUGAUUCUUCAAGAGAUUUGAGUCCAGCUCAAAAUGCUCAGGACGAGUCAUUCGAGUUUGAGAAAAGUCCUAUCAAAAAUGCUCGUGGAGAUGUUACUCAAGGAUACGUUAAUUCUAAUGUAGGCUUGGAUGCCGAGAAAAGUUUUGGUGAUCAUGAUUCUUUCGAGUUUCAAGAUUCGAGUGAAACGAGAGAAUCUGAUCUUGCGUCCGCUCAAAUUCAAAACGAAGAAAUUGAAAAUGUACCAGCAAAUGUUGACGAUGAUGUUUACGCUUCAAAACUCACCAAAGAGGAGGAAAAUAUCAAAAGAAUGAAGAGCAUCUACGAGGUCUACUUGGACAGGCAGAAAACAAUGAAGAGUGAUAGAGGUAACAGAGAUGAACAAGAAAAUGCUUUUGGAGAGCAAUCGAACUUCGAAAACGGGUUUGCAGCUGCAGAGAGCUUACCAGUUGGUGCCACUAGCCAGAUCGAUUCUGCUGUCAAAAGAGAACAAGAAAAAGAUUUAAAUAGCAAGCAAGACUUAGAUGCACCUGCUGACAUGGUCACUAAAGCAAAUACUCUACAUGUUCCCAGCCAAUAUGACAACUCAAAAGCUCGUCCUGCUUCUUCCAUCUACUCUGAGAUUCCUAGAAUAUCUCAACAGCCAGGUUUGCAGCCUGUGAUGCCAGAACAAGACUACGCACAGUACCCAAUGCAACAGCAGCAAAUGCCUGAGGCUCAGUAUGCCCAGCAAGGAGUGCACCCCGGACACAUGCAACAUCAGCAAGGAACGCAAUAUGGGGAAGGAUUACAAUAUCCCCCAGUGGCUUAUCAGCAAAACACCUACCCACCUCAAUCAGUUCCGUAUUCUUAUCCUCCCCAAGCAUAUAUGCCUAAUCAGAGGUACCAUCCUCAAGCGCUUGAAAAUAUUCAAGAAUUGCCCAAUCCUUCAAACUUGCCUUUCUCGGCUUCAUCACAUUCCUUAACUUCUUUUAAGAAGCGUGGGAAUGAAAUACGCCUACCAAAUGGUACAAUGUUGAAUGGCAAAUCAUUUAGUCCCAUUGAUCAUCCGGAACUUUUCUACAGUCAAAACAUGGCUAUGGAAGAUUCACAAUCUGCUUUCAGUCAACAGACUGGGGCGGCUCAAGUUCUUCCUCAUCAUUUAAGACAGAGUGUAGUUAUGACCAACCCUAUGGACUUAUCGCAGCCAACCUUAUUUAAACCAGCCGGAUCCUUUAGAAACUUAAGCGCUGCAAACUCCCGCAAUAACAGUAUGACCUCUCAACACAGUGUUCAGCAGUACAGAAACCAAUUGGCGCAUCAACGAGUUAGCGGAAUUUUGGAUGACCAUGACACUUUCCAACCACCUAGCGUUGGAGGCAUCCUACCUCAUAGCGGGUCCCAGGAGGACUUGCGCCGGCAGCUGGGCGCGUCUGAAAACUACAACGUAACAUGA